AUGCCGAAAAAUCCUUUUGUAAACUGUAAGUCACGCAAAAAAAGAAAGAUUCGAGCCCCAGUCGACAAACCAAAAGAAAAGUUAUUUUGUCCCCGCACGAUGGUAAGGUAUGACGGAUCACAUAGCGAUUACCCAACGAAGUGGGUUUGUAAAAUGUGUCUGAAGGUCGUCUUAAGCGAGGAAGCCGUCAAAACCCACUUGAACACUUGUAGCGGCCAAUCCAACAGAGCAAUGCCUCCCCCACAAAUGAAAAAAAAUGAAGUGACUCAAUACAUUUGUGAAUAUUGCAAAAAGGUAUUUCAAAGGCGUGUUACCUUAAAAAAACACUUAGAGUCCCACGAAAACUCGUCCAGUAGUCUGGAAUCUGAAGAAUCAGAUAUGGAAAUUGAAGAUGGUUCUGCAAUAACAGAACAAAGAAAAGAAGAUGACAAAAAACCUGAGGAGCAGUCCAUUUAA